UCUACAAUACAACAAAUUUUUGAAAAAUAAAUAAAAUCAACAUUUUUUGGUUAUGUUCUCAACUAUAGAAUAAUUAGAUACAACCCUUUCAUAAAAAUUAAAAAUUUUCAUCAAUGGAAAGCAAAAAAUUUCGUAGUGAAAAAAUUAAACAGGUUCGCUUUAGUAAUGUUGAGACAUUUAUAUCCUCACCCAAGGAGAAUGCGAAAUUACCUGUAAACUGUAAGCCGGUAUCAAUUUUACGCAAUUCUUCCACAAAAUCCAAAGCCGCUUCUAGUGAUUAUUUUAAUGAUUUGCUUAUCAUUAAGCCAAUUGACUUAACUGAAGAGAAUAUUAGAGUACCUGUGACAUCAACUAAAACUCGCAAUGAAAUUGAAAAGGUAAAAAGUGUUUCUCAAAAUAAUGUAACUUCUACGUCUGGUCUAAAGUCAGCCGUUGAUGACAAAGAAGUAUCGAUUUUAUGGAAUUCACCUUUUGCUGAUGUGAAAAGUGGUGGUAUUUACGUUAAAAAUAUUGAAACUGGUAUUCCAGCUAAGUUGUCUGUUGAGAACAUUACCGCCAACAGUGUUUCCAAUAAGAAUUUUAUACCCCCCAAAAAAGAUAAUAAACUUUCCAACAAAACUACUGGGAACAAGAAUUCUAUGAGUUCUUCAAUUAAUUCUAGUCUUCGAGCUAAACCAUCUAUAAAAGAAAUUUAUGGUAAAUACAAUUCUGGUGGUAAUAAUCCUUUAAUAAAAUACGUUAGACCUAGAAGUAAACAGCAAAUUCGUUUGCUCACAACUCAGAUCAUGGAUGAUUACAAAAGAAGUAAGAAACUUAAAGGUAAGCUCUCUCCCUUAGACACACCGCGCGUAAGGUACUCUCCACUUGCUGUUCCGAAAAAACCAAGUAUACAGAACAUGCAUGCUGAAAAUAUGCUUAAACUUUUGGGACCUGUAUCGGAAGAAAUAAAAUCGAAUUUAAAGCAAUAUCGCAUUAGUGGGGGCGCAGAAUCUGACGUUGCAGAUACAAUGAAAGAGGAACUUCACGUAGACAUUAACAUUACUGAUUCCACCACUACUAUUGGUGAACGGCAACCGCUUACAUUAGCUUGUUCCGAUGAUGAAAAUUUGGAUGAAGUACACAAAACACGAAAUAGAUCAAAAUCAAAAGGUGGAAAAACCUCAGAGCCUACUUCUAAAGAUACUGGCGGGAAAUCAAUUUAUUUCGACCGUAUAUUUGAGCACUUGGAUGCCAUGGUUAAUAAAAGUAUAUCAAAUGCUAAAGCAAUUGUUGCAGAAAAUGAUUACAAAGAUGUUAAGAAGACGAAGAAGCAAAAUAAUACGAUUGAACAGAAUAAAAAGAUAAAAAGUAGAGUUUCUAAGUACGAUAACUACAGAUUGGGAUUAAAUAAUGUAAUGGCUGAACAUAACGUUCCAGAAAGUAAUGAAACAGAUAAACCAACUGAAGGUGGUGCUGAAUCUCUACUUUGUGGUAUUAAUAGUCCUAGAGAGUAUAUUGCUCAGAUCAACGAAAAAACAAAACGCAAUUAUUUUGCUAAUAAGAAGGAGAAUGUAGAGAAAAAUCAUCCAUUCGUGACAAACGAAUUUCGUAAACAUCAAGCUCUUUCGCUCUCAGAGAAUAGAUUAGAUGAAUUAAAUUCUUUGAAUUCUCCACCAUCCUUUUCCCUCGGUCAUCGACAAAAGGAAUCAUUAAAAGAGAAGAAUGCACUCAGAAAAGCUAGAUUGGAUAACUUCUUUAAUUCAAUGGGUAAUUAAAGAAGAUUAAAAUUACAAUCGUUUUUGUUUUGCUUAUGAAUAUUUCUACAAAAAUUAUUAUUUAUAUCUUGAAAUUAUAUGUAGUGCGUGAGUUAAUAUAUUUAAU